GAUGCAGAUGGAGCUGUUAAAUCUGAAUAGAAUCUCCAUCGCUCUGUCCUCUUUCCAUGCUUCAGUGGUCAUCCAUGAAACCUGAACAUCUCAUCAAUCAUCCAACUCUAAUACUAUUAGGAAACUGCAAAUCCUUAACCACUCUGAAAAAAAUCCAUGCUCAAAUGAUCACAACAGGUCUAAUACUUCAUACAUUCCCUCUCAGUAGAAUCCUUCUCUAUUCAUCAACUCUUUCAUUAACUUACUCUCUCACAAUCUUCAACCAAAUUAUAAACCCAUCAAUCUUCUUAUACAAUACUCUUAUAUCUUCAUUUGCUUCCAAUAACAAUCCCCAAAUUGCUUUCUCUCUAUACUCUCAAAUUCUCACUCAUAAAACUCUUAAGCCAAAUAAUUUCACUUACCCAUCUCUGUUUAAAGCUUGUGGUUCUCAUCCAUCAUGGCUUCAUCAUGGUAUAGCUCUCCAUACUCAUGUCUUGAAAUUUCUUGAACCUCAUACAUUUGAUCAUUUUGUUCAAGCUUCUUUGGUUAAUUUUUACUCUAAGUUUGGUAACCUGGGUUUGUCUAGAUUUUUGUUUAACCAAAUCAAGAAACCAGAUUUAGCUACUUGGAAUUCUAUCUUAGCUGCUUAUGCUAAUCCAACAACUACAUAUACUACUACAACUUCUGUUGAUGAACAGGAUACGACUGGUUUGGCAAUUGAAGUUUUGUGUUUGUUCAAUGAAAUGUUGUUAGCACAGUGUAGGCCUAAUGAAGUCACAUUGGUUGCUGUAAUUACUGCUUGUGCUAAGUUGGGAGCUUUUACUCAAGGUUCAUGGGCUUAUUCUUACAUAUUGAGGAACAAUCUUAAGUUAAAUCGUUUUGUUAUUACCUCAUUGAUUGAUAUGUAUGCGAAAUGUGGGUGGCUUGAUUUCGCGAAGCAACUGUUCGAUCAAAUUCCUGACAAGGAUGUAUUAUGUUACAAUGUGAUGAUUCGGGGAUUUGCAGUGCAUGGAUAUGGUCACCAAGCACUUAGCCUGUUCAAUGAAAUGAAAGUCGCCAAGGUUCAACCGGAUGAUGUAACAUUUGUAGUUGCUCUGUGUGCUUGUGCACAUGUUGGAUUGGUUGAGGAUGGUUAUAGUUGUUUUAACUCGAUGAAAGAUGUUUAUGGGAUCGAACCAAAGGUUGAGCACUACGCGUGCCUAGUGGACCUCUUGGCUCGUGGUGGGCUUCUUGACGAGGCUCACAGAACGAUUUCAACCAUGCCAAUGAAGCCUAAUGCAGUUCUGUGGAGGUCUUUACUAGGAGCAUCAAGGGUUCAUGAAAAUUUGGGGUUAGGGGAACUAGCACUGCGAAACUUGAUAGAAUUAGAACCAAGAACUAGUGGGAAUUAUGUACUCUUAUCAAAUAUGUAUGCAAAGAUAAAUAGAUGGGAUAGUGUAAAGGAGGUGAGGAAGGCGAUGAAAAAUUUGGGUGUAAGUAAAUUGCCUGGUUCUAGUUUGAUUGAGAUUGAUGGAGUCUUACAUGAGUUUUUGAUGGGAGAUAAGACACACCCAAGUUCAAAAGAAAUUUAUGUGAAGCUUGAAGAGACCAGUAAGAGAUUAAAUACAUAUGGGUAUAAUUCAGUUACAAGAGAAGUUCUAUUUGACAUCGAAGAAGAGGAGAAAGAAGAUGCUCUUAAUUAUCACAGUGAAAGGCUUGCAAUUGCUUUUGCACUUAUACAGGUACCUAGUAAUUCAAGUGUACCGAUUAGAAUUAUAAAGAACCUUCGGGUUUGUAGCGAUUGUCAUGAAAGUACUAAGCUUAUAUCGAAAAUAUAUGGGAGAGGGAUAAUUGUUAGAGACAGAAAUCGGUUUCACCAUUUUAAAGACGGGACUUGUUCUUGCUUGGAUUACUGGUGAAACUAGUUUGUCUGAAUGAAGUUGUGUAUUUGCUUAAGUAGGUUGUGUUACGGACAACAGUGAUCUGCAUGAGUACUGCGACGAAGAUGAAACCGAGAGGCCGUUAAACUAGUACUGUUGAUACAAAUACAGAAAUGAUGAACUAUCUCAGGUUUCUGAUGCAUUAUAAGUUCAGUUACAUGGGCGUGUUAAUAAUGGUGGAAAAAAUAUAGAAUGACUGGAAAGUUCUCGUGGAAGAGAGCUAUGUACAGCAAGUAAAAAUCCCUGUCACAAUUUGCAGGGAUAUUCGUGGGCAGUUUCAUGAUCUUGCAGAACUCCGAAUUGGAGGAAAGUGUCCAGACACCAGUACUUGUUUAUGGGAGAUUAUGUGGAUCGAAGGUAUUAUUCCAUUGAAACUGUGACUCUGAAAGUGUGUUACCUCAGCGAAUUACCAUUCUUCGAGGAAACCACCAUGAAAGUUGUCAGAUAACACAGGUUUAUGGGUUUUAUGACAAAUGCCUAUGGAAGUAUGGCAGUGCUAAUGUAUGGAAAACCUUCAUGGAUCUCUUCAACUAUUUUCCAUUGACAGCUUUGGUUGGAUUGGAGAUAUUUUGUUUGCAUGGUGGACUGCCUCCAUUGAUACAGACCCUUGAAACAUACGAAAUUUUGACCGUGUUCAAGAAGCCCCCACCUGAAGGGCCUAUGUGUGACCUCCUAUGGUCUGACUCUGAUGACUGAAGAGUGAAGUGGAUGGAGUAUUUCACUCCAUGGAGUUGGAUAUACUUUCGGCGAAGACAUCUGAGCAAUUUAGCCAUGCCAACAAUUUUAAGCUGAUUGUGCGAGUGCAUCAACUUGUCAUGGAGGAUUCAGUUGGGGACAUGGACAAAAAAAGGUUACCAUAUCUAGUGCACCUAACUAUUGCUGCCAUUGUGGAAACAUGGCAUCUAUCUUGGAAGUUGAUGACUGCAGACGCCAGAGGGCACACAUUCAUUCAGUUGGAGCCAGCUCCAAGGAGAGGAGCGCUUGAUGUGACCCGGAGAACUCUUGACUACUUCAACUAGGCACAAGUUUAUUGCUGAUCUUCCAGCGGCAAAUACUACCUAUAGAUCAUGCUUGCUUGUCGACACAUUGAUAUCAAAAUGAGGUGGCUCCAUUCGCCAUUCUUGUUUAGAGGUCUCUGUAUUGGAUAUUUGAUCUGUAAUAAUUUUACCACCUAUGCCUACUUGAUGGUGAUGGAGGUGGCUUCAGAAAAGAAAGAAAGAUAACAAUAGCAAAUAUAUUGUUCUGGAUCUAGCACUAGUUUACUACUGUACCAAAAAUGGGUAUCCGCAAACAGUGCAGUGGAGCUGGCAAUGCUGCGGCAGCAUGUAAAAACGGCAGCAAAAAAGAUUUCUAUAUGAUUUAUUGGGCUUCCAAUCUACUGGAGCCGAUGUGACAAACCCGAUAAAACGCUUCGUAUCCAAACUGGUUCCGUAGUUGAACUGCCCAAGGAGAACUCUAGUUCAACAGGUGUCAUAAAUAUGAGACAGACCGUACAUCGAAGUUACAGUAUAUCACUCCCAUCUCUGGCCAAAAUAGCGCGAACCCUUAAAAAGUUGAAAAUCUCAUUUCAAAUUUCAAAUCUCAUUUGAAAACCAAAAAAUUUCUUUUCCUUCUGCUCCGAGAGAAAGAGAGAGAGUAAAAAGCAAGGGUUUCAGUGAAGAGGUCGAUUUCGAGAAAUUUCAGUGGCAGAAGUUAUUAAAGGAAGUAGUGGAAAACGAAGGGGAAAGACAAGACAACAACUGAAGCUUUAAGUACAGAGAAAAGAAAGAGAGAAGAGGAUGAUUUAGAUCUUAAUCUUUCUAGUGAUUCAAGGUAUUAUUGCAGCACUGCAAAAUAUUAGAGAAUAAGCUCAUAAAGAUGAUAAGAAGAAGAGUGAAGAAACGAUUGCUAGUGUGUCUUCAGAAGUCAAGACAAUACUAAAUGAUGCAAAAUCAAAACUCGAGAGAGAACGGCAGACUUUUGUGAAGGCACUUUCAAAGAGUUCUAAAGAGUGUGAGAACUCUCUCAAGGAUGAGUUUGCCAAGUUCCAGUCAGUUUAUGAGAAAUUUUCUAAGGAGAAAGCAGCAGGCGUUUGAAGAUAUAUUCUCCAAAUUUGACAAUGAAAAGGAAAAGCUGUACCUUCGUUAUGAACAACAGAGGAAGAAAGAAAAGAGUAUGUUAUCUGAAAUGGAGAAAACCUGUGCUGAUAAAAUCACAGCAGCUGAAGAAUUUCUAAAGAAGAAAAAGAAGGACGACAAAUCUUUCAGCAUUUUACGCAAAUCUCUCGGCUCAUUCCUGGAUGGUGCCUCAGAUGAUGAUCUCCCGGCUGAUGAAUGUAUAUGAGUUCUGAAAACAUCCUGAAAAUUCCUCAUCCCUAGUUACUUUCAGUAAGUAUUAGGUUCUAACUUCUAAAUACUCUGGCUUCUUAGUUCUAUUAUAAUGUUAUAGGACUCCGCUUUUACCAUUUUUACAUCCCCAAGCUUUAAAAGGUCACUACUCAUUUUACAUGUUAUAUCUGUAAGACUGUAACUAUCUACAAGUAUAAGUAUUACGUACUGAAUAUGCAACAGUUUAAGUUUCGGUG